AUGGCGCUUUCUCAUGCUGAGUCGGGACAGUCUCUCGAUCUUCGGGUUGAAGACUUCCUAGACGACAAACUUCAAUCAACUGCCGACCUUGACACACUCGACGAAUUACUCUCCAACGUCGAGACGCAGCGGAACCAGCUGCAGUCCCAACUCGACGAUGCUAUCAAAGAGCUCGAAAAGGCCCGCAAUAUUACCGAUGAUCGGAAUGAAUCGUUGCAAAAGCAGAUAGACGAGUUCAACGAACUACAAACAAGCAUUGAUACACGAGUCCAGAUCGCAGCCGCGUCCGACGCGCCAAGCGAAGCAAUUGCUAGACUUCAGCAACCGAUGAAGAAGCUUCAAAAUGUCGAACUAGCCCAGAAAUACUUGACUCUUUUGCAGGAUGUCGAAACACUCCGCGCUCAGGCUCGAUCGCAUCUCCCAGAUAGCCCCAAGGCCGCCCUCGAACCAUACGCAAGGUUGAAGGGGCUGGCACUCAAGUUGAGAACCUUGUCGGGCAACGAGGAGCUGCACUUGGUAGGCCAUGUCGAAUCAGUGACUGAUUCUCUAUGGAAUGAGAUGAAGAGAACCAUGUCAACAGAGUUGGAAACUGUUCUGGCUAAACGACACUGGCCAAAGGUCGAUCCUCAUUCUGAAAUGGACGACGAGUGGAUGGCUUGUAUUGAGAAACUAAUCGAUCUGCAAAUGCCUGAAAUUGUGCAUAGCAGCACUAUCGUGCCUCUUCUACCGUUCGACGUCAUGACUGCCAUAUUUGUCGCUGAAUUCCGCUUCCACUUCAUGAGCGACAAGCCUACGAGCAACCCGCAGUCCAUUGGCACGCAUUGUUUCCCCUGGUUCGUGACAACCAUUGAGAAAUGGGAAGACUUCUUUCGCGACAACCUAGGACAUCUCCUCGCCGCCAAGUUUCACGACACAAAAGUCGCCGAGGAGACGGUGUACCUGGAUCCCGUGUCCGCUCUAAUCACCUCCAUGCUCCCCAUCAUGAGGGAGAAGAUACAUGCGGUUGCGGAUGACGCAGUCAAGAAUCCUUCCUUUUUGAGCUCGUUUAUAUCACAACUUAUGUCAUUCGAUGACAACAUUCGCCUGAGAUUCAAUUAUGACGGUGGCGAUGGUGAUAAGGGGUGGAGUGGCCUGACUGGGGAAAUCCUAGCCGACCACUUUGACGCCUGGUUUAAAGUAGAACGAGAAAUCACCCUCGAACGCUUUGAAAGCAUCUUGGAGUCCCUCGAUGGCCGAAAGAUCGACUACGACUAUUCCGUCACGGGAAAAAUGAAGCCGACGUUUGCAGCUGUUCGCAUUACUUAUCUCCUGAGAAGUGUUACGGGAAAAUACGACCGUUUACGCAAACUCAAACACAAAAUCAAGUUUCUUACCGAUAUUCAGCUCGAUGUACUGGAUGCCUAUCAUGAUCGCCUGCGAGGGUCUCUGGAAGCAUACCAAUCUAUCACAUCGACACUCGGGCGUACCCUUCACGGCGCUUCUAAAGACCAACUUGCGGCUUUGGAGGGGACAGGCGCGUUCGAGACGCUGUGCAAGGUGAUUGGCAGCUCUGAUCAUAUCGCUAACAUUCUCACAGAAUGGAGUGACGAAGAGUUUUUCGUUGUGCUAUGGGAAGAUCUCCAGGCUCGAGACAGGCAACAAAGUAAACGAAACAGUGCCGCUAGUGGUAUCGAACCAGAGAGCAUCCUGGGUCGCGUCCCGAGCAACCUGGGCGACAACGGAAAUAAUGACAGCGGCAUCUUUGAUGAGACUGUAUCAGCGUACACGUCCCGCCGCAAAGCAGCAGAGCAACUUCUUAUCAAUGCACUGGCGGAUUCUCACGCCAAGGCAUUCCGCGCAUACAUCAAUAAGGUUCAGUGGACCACUGUUGGCGACGCCGCAGUCUUGGACGACCCCUCCCAACUAUCUAUCACGCCAGAGUUGGAUGAACCGCUGCGCAUCAUGCAGCGCAACUUUGAAUACCUCGUCAAAACACUGUCGACAGCCUCCUUCCGACGAGUAUGGCACGAAGCCCUCAACAAGCUUCAGGACCUCCUCUGGAGCAGCGUCCUCCUAAAGCAGUCAUUUACGACCCUUGGCGCCGCACAAUUCGCCCACGACGGAGGAGCCAUAUUUUCUCUCGUGGAGGGCUACAUCCCCGGUGGUUCGGGGCCGCUGGACUCGCUGCGCGAAGGGAUGCAGUUGCUGAACUUGCCCACGGCGGCGUCCGCCGACAACCCCGACGGCAGCACUUCUGGACUUCUCACGUUGAAGGAGGCUAGUGACAGGGCAUUUACGAAUAAUGAUGAAGCGCGUAAGGUAUUGGAAGACUUGGGAUUAGAAGUCUUGACACCAGUGAAUGCGAGAUAUAUUCUGCAGCGAAGGGUAGAGAAUAACGAGAAUAUCGGGUGGUAG